AACCCAAACCUGAGUCCAAAUCUAAACAGGCGAAACAACACCAAGAAACUGUUAGUAAUAUGCAUAAAGGUCAUGUACAUGAUGCAACAUCAUAUAAUAUGACUCAACGUCAAGAACCGUUAAUGUCAUAUACUCAGAAUCCAAGGAUACCAGAACAAACAAUUCAACAUCAUCAAUUGUCUCCGAAUUAUCCUCACAUCACGCAAUCGGCUAUGUAUCCAGCUGUCUCAGGUCAAAAUCCUUCAAUACAAGGUUUCUCAAUACCCCAUGUCGCCCAUACAGUCCCCAAUCUGAACAUACAACAAUACAUCCCAGGAACUGUAACAUCAGCUCAAUACCUAGGUCCGGUUAUGAACCAACCUAGUCUACCUGUGCCCCAAGUACAAACCCCAGCUGCUUCUGUACAACAUAUAAUGCAAACUCAACCCCAAAUUAUACAAAAUAUUGAACCAAAGUUUGAAGAUCCUAACCACAUCAUGGGUGCUGGUGAACCUAAACCGAUGAUCAAUUUGCAACUGCAGCAACCUGUGGUAGAACCCCAAUAUCAGAUGUAUUAUCGACAAGCACCAGGAAUCGAGGCUGGAGAUUACAAACAACAGACACAAUCACAAAAGGCACCUUCGAAAGCUGUUGCACCACCUAGAUCUCAGAACGUUAAACCUGUUGCGUCGAAGGUUAAUAAACACAAAACUAAAAACUGAACUUGUACCAAAUAAUUCCCAACCGAAUUACAUCAAUAAUCCCGGAAAUAUACAGACAGAACAAAAUUUUCCUUAUGCCGUAACUUCUGCUGAAGCAAAUCACCAAAAUUCAUUCCAACAAAAUUAUCAAGAUCAGUCAACUAAUUACAAGAAUCAACAGCCCGUUCAACAUCAUCAAGUUAUUUCUGCACAAAAUGAACCAAAUAUCGCUGCUGCGAAUCAGAACAUAGCUCCAAGUUAUCAAAACCAAGAAAAUUCAAUUCAGCAGGAUGUUCCAAAUCAAAUGUUUCACCAAAAUCAGUCUACUGUGAAUUCAUCAAAUGAGAUCAUGCAAAACUCAAAUCUAUCAAAUACAGCUCAACAGGUUUUAAAUCAAAACUUCAAUAGUGAACAGCUCAAUCAGAACUCUCAAGCAAUAACACAAGAAAACCAACAACACAAUGUUCAUCUUCAACCGAACACUAUUCCUAAUAUAGAACAACAAGGUGUUCAAAAUCAAAAUAUUGUAUCAUCAUCAACUACAAUUCAACCCAAUAAUCAACAAGUCCAAGAAAAUGUACCCAACAUCCAACGCCCAAUUUCAAAUCAACCUUAUAUUUAUCAGGCAUACCAGAAUGUCAUUCCGUCUCAACAGCAUUACCAACAAACGAAUCCAAUACAACAAAGCCAAUCGGAGUAUGCUGUUCGACCAAAUCAAACUCAUCAAAAUUAUCAGCUUCAACCUAAUCAAAGUCAGCAAAAUUACCAGCUUCAACCGCAUCAAAACUACCAGCAUCAACCGAUGCUAUCACAACACAAUAUUCCGAAUCAUUUGCAAGUUUAUCAAAAUCAUCAAGUACCUAAUUCUAAUACAAUCCAACAAGUGGAAGUGCCUAAAAGCACGCCUUUUGCUAAAAUGGAUCAAGGUGAUCAUGCUAUGUAUGGAAACAAUGUAAAUCAAUUAGGACAUACAGUUAAUCAAGCUGGAGAUUAUACACUUCAACAAAACCAAAUUCAAAAUCAAGAACCUGAGAAGGAAUUGCGAAAACGUAGAGUGCCAUCUGCUGCCGAACUGUUCAAAACAAAUAAUACGGAACAGUUAGUUACACCGUCGAGAACAAAAGCAAAACGGUUUUAUAAUAAGUUAAUACAACCUUCUGAAUGCGAACUUACAUACGGAUAUCCGCCUCAAAUAAAUGAGUCUCGAAUGUCCUUUAUCCGACAACGCACCUAGAUCCUACCAACCCUCGUUAAGUUCCUUUAUCUAGUUGAUUCGGUUAGAAGG